GAGCAUCCAAAUGAAGCAUCUGGGGGGAGAUUCUCUCCUGAAAGCAGCUUCUUCCGGACUUGGUGAGCCGCCACUCUGAUCACCCCUCUUGAGCCAUGAACACCUCCUGCUGCCUGCUCUCUGCUCAGCCGAUGCUGCCCAACGCCUCAGAGCACCCCAUGGCUCCAUCCUUGACCAACCAGAGCAGCAGAUUCUGCGAGCAGGUCUUCAUCAAGCCCGAGGUCUUCCUGGUGCUGGGCAUUGUCAGCCUGCUGGAGAACAUUCUGGUCAUCCUGGCUGUGGUGCGCAACGGCAACCUGCACUCGCCCAUGUACUUCUUCCUCUGCAGCCUGGCUGUGGCGGACAUGCUGGUGAGCGUGUCCAAUGCCUUGGAGACGGUCAUGAUCGCCGUUGUCAACAGCAACUCCCUGGCCUUCGAGGACCAGUUCAUCCAGCAUAUGGACAAUGUCUUUGACUCCAUGAUCUGCAUCUCCCUGGUGGCCUCCAUCUGCAACCUGCUGGCCAUCGCUAUCGACAGAUACGUCACCAUCUUCUACGCGCUCCGCUACCACAGCAUCAUGACUGUGAGGAAGGCACUCGGCAUGAUCUCGGCCAUCUGGCUCUGCUGUGGCAUCUGCGGCGUGGUGUUCAUCGUCUACUCCGAGAGCAAGAUGGUCAUCGUCUGCCUCAUCACCAUGUUCUUCGCCAUGCUGCUGCUCAUGGGCACGCUCUACGUGCACAUGUUCCUCUUCGCCAGGCUGCACGUCAAGCGCAUCGCGGCUCUGCCACCCGCCGACGGCGUGGCCCCGCCCCAGCACUCGUGCAUGAAGGGGGCCGUCACCAUCACCAUCCUGUUGGGGGUGUUCAUCUUCUGCUGGGCCCCCUUCUUCCUCCACCUGGUCCUCAUCAUCACCUGCCCCACCAACCCCUACUGCGUCUGCUACACUGCCCACUUCAACACUUACCUGGUUCUCAUCAUGUGUAACUCAGUCAUCGACCCCCUCAUCUACGCCUUCCGGAGCCUGGAGCUGCGAAACACCUUUAAGGAGAUUCUGUGCCACUGUAAUGGCAUGAACUUGGGCUAG